GCUGGGUCUGGGUCUGGGGUUGGGUCUGGGGUUGGAUCUGGUUCUGCUUCAUCUGCUACGUCCGCAACAUCGACAGCCGGACAACCUUCCAGUAACCAGCAGCAACCUGGGCCUGGGUCUGGGCCUGGACAUGGGCUUGGGCAAUCGGGAGGAGGAGAUGAAAACUACAGCGGCGUCCUAAUGCUCGAAGCGCGCCAACCCUGCUCCGGCGCCACCGGCCGCAACGGCGGACACUGCCAGCCUUUCCUCUACUCCUCUUCCCCCACCACCGCCGAAUUCGAGCUAGCUAAUUAUAGGUUCAUCAAGGCCUUUGUCGAAGAGCACGGGAUCGCUGGCGCUGUGGACUGGAGAACGCUAAAGGGCGUUUGUGGAUAUUUGACGGAGGAGGUGUGGGAAGGGGCGAAGGGGUUGGUGGAAAAUUUGCCGGAGAGGUUGAGGGGGUUGGUGGAUUUGGUUGAUCAUGAGAGGAAGACGGAGGACGGGGAGACACUGAGGGAUCUCAGGGUGCCGGGGGUGAAGGGGGCGGUGGUGCAGAGGCAUGCGGCUAGUUUGUGGCCGUAUAAGUUGGUGGCUUGGGUUUUGGAGAGGUUGUUGGGGAGGUUUCCUGUUAGGGGGGGGUCUGGGCGGCAGAAUGGUAUGGGUGGAAGGCAAAGGGGUUGUGGAGAGUUUAAUUUGCAGACCAACACGCCGGUAUUGGGGUUGCACAAACUCAAUGAUGAUGGGAGGUGGAUAGUGGUGACGAGCAGGGGACACAUCCGGGCGAACAGAGUCUUGUUGGCGAUGAACGGGUAUACGAGUAACCUGCUGCCGGAGAUGAAGGACUUGAUCGUUCCGGUGAGGAGCCAGGUUGCGUCUUUGCGGCCGCCGAAGGAUGCUGCCACUGGGAAGGUCGCGGAGUUGGAUUACAGUUAUGGCUUUGUCAGCGAGGAGAAGUUCCCGAGGGAUGAGUAUCUCAUCCAGAGACCUCUGCCCGGGGGAGAGUUGAUAUACGGCGGAGCGAGAAGUCACGCGGAGAACAAGGCGGUUGGCGUGUGGCAGGAUGAUGAUGUUGAGCGACCACUGGCAACAUUCUUGAGGCAAAACCUGGCGCCAUACCCGUUGGAUCUGACUCCGGACAAGACUGGCUCUACGAACACUGAGUCUACGGAGCCUACGGAGGGGAACGAGACUACAGAACUCGAGGCCACGCAUCAGUGGACGGGCAUCAUGGGCUUCAGCAGAGACGCUCAACCGUGGGUCGGACGGGUGCCGGAAAGCCUCGGCGGCGGAGAGAAGCUGUAUGUGUGCGCCGGGUACACGGGACACGGGAUGCCACAGGCGGCGCUGGCGGCCCGGAUGAUUGUGGAGGAGAUGACGGGCAAGCCGUUUGCGGAUGAUGGGCUCAAGCUGCCGCAGGAGAUGGCGUUGACGGAGGAGCGUGUGAGGUGGGUGAGGGAGAAUACGAAGACAUUGCAGGAGCAGCAGCAGGCGCCUGGGUGGUCGGCUACGAUGCCUGAGUUGUUGGCGGCUACGGAGGGAGUUGAUGAUUUCGUGAACCAGACACACCAGACCAAAUGAUGGUAUGUAGAGAAAAGAUAAAUACAGGGCUGUUUAUAUGUUUU